UGACACCCAACCAUGGUCCAAAGGUCACCGGUGGUCGCCUGAGCUACCAAAUAGGGGAUGUUAUUCGCAUGAACUGCACCUCAGGACCAUCCAAACCAGUCUGUCAUCUCAGCUGGUUCAUCAAUGGUGAACCGGCAAAUCGAUCAUAUCUCAAACAAUAUGAAAAAUAUGUGGUCGGUCGUGAAGGGCUCGAAAUGGCGCGGCUGGGUUUGGAAUUUCGUGUGAAGGGUAUCCAUUUUCAAGAUGGCGAAAUAAAAAUGAAAUGCGUGGCCAAAAUCUCCUCCCUGUACUGGCAAAGCAAUGAGGCAAGUGUGCAAAGUGAUCGGCAGCAUCGUGCACCGGCGCUAGAAUCACGCGAAACAAUUGCAGCCAAAUCGCGUGCACAUGGUUCCUCCUCGGCAAAGCCACGUUCCCACACCACAUUGCAACAAUUACAUCUAGCAACACUACUGAGCUUAUUAACGGCAUUUUGUACUUCAAGCUACAGCAUAUCUCUAAGAUAACUAAUUUAAAUUAAUUUCUUACUACACUGUGUAGGUGACAGUAACACCUGGAAAGAUAUAACAACGUUGUCUUUAAUAACAACGGUAAAAAUAAAUUAAAAAGGACACAUAUCCUAUGCCAAAUUAAAAAUCCUGCAUUUAGUUGUUAGAGUUAGAGUUAUGCAUAAACUGAACAAAAAAUGAAAAUCUUAUUUGUAAAUAAACAGAAACUUAAACU